CGCCAUGAACAGCGUCGGAGAGGCAUGCACUGAUAUGAAGCGCGAGUACGAUCAGUGCUUCAAUCGCUGGUUUGCGGAGAAGUUCCUCAAAGGAGACGGCUCGGGGGACCCGUGCACCGACCUCUUCAAGCGCUAUCAAAAGUGUGUUCAGAAAGCAAUAAAGGAGAAAGAGAUUCCCAUUGAAGGACUGGAGUUCAUGGGCCAUGGCAAAGAAAAGCCUGACAGCUCUUCUUGA